GUCAGUUGUUUAAAUAACUUUUCAUUCUGUUAAUGACACUACACACAUACAUAUCUUUGUCAUAUCAUUCUAAAAUCAUCUAGAAACUACGAAGAACAAAAGACCCUUAUAAACACAUUUUUAUUUCUGAAAUAAAGUACCGACUUAAACUUCUAAUCGAUCUCAAAUUAUGGACAAGGAUGUAUUAUACUGAUUAAAUAUGCAGUUUAUGAUUAACAAUAACCAAAAUAAAUGCAUUCCAGGAACCAAGCAUUUCAUAUGUGAAAAAGGGAAUGUCGUCUAAAGGAUUUGAAAUUAAAUGUCGAGACGAUAUAAUCGGUAUUCCAGAUGUACCUACAGGUUUUAGAUUUGUCAAAUCAUGGGGACUUAUCUCCAAAGGCCUUAGAACAAAGGAUCAGAUUAUUAAAGUUUUGUUAAAUGAAUGGGAUAAGAAACAUACAACUUCCGGUGAAGGAAAGAAACCUCCAAACCUUGACGAAGUUGUAGUAAACAACAAAGAAACAAGAGAAUUAUUACUUCAGAAGUAUGUCGAAGUGAAAUCGUUCUAUGACAAGCUGAAUGAUAUAUUACAGAAAGAUAUAAAUAGUGUUUUCCAAAAUUUCACAGAAGAACUGGAAUACAGACAGAGAGACAUACUCUCCCAAGAUUGCUUUAUAUUGAUCGCAGGUGAUAGAGUAGCGGGGAAAAGUAGUUUCGUUAAUCUUAUUUUGAGGAAAGAUUUACUACCGACUCAACAGCUGGCAUGCACUGCUACAAUUUGUGAGAUACGGCACAGUAGAAAUAAUGAAAAAGAGGCGAUUUUAUACAACAAGGAUGAAAAAGGAAUCCGUCGUCUAGACCUUGGCGAAGAUGAAAAAAAUGACUUUAAGAAACUAAAAUAUCACAUUCAAGAAUUAAAUGAGGAUGAUGAAAGUCCGUUUGAGAAAAUCGAAAUUUUCUGGCCUUCCGAAAUUAUAAAGAAUGGAAUAGUAUUAGUUGACACCCCAGGAAUUGGAGAAAACAGAUUGAUCAUUAAAAGGCUUCAGGAAUACAUGAAAGAGUCAUUUGGAUUUAUUUACAUCAUAGAUUCUGCUCAAGCUGCAGGAUUACAGAGAGGAAGACUUUCAGAUUUUUUACGUUCAGUUGUUAACUCAUCAGAUGACAUCUUUGAUUCACGUGCAACUUUAUUCGUCUGCAAUAAAUGGGACGUGGUUCCUCCACAAGAGCAGAGGGAGAUCAAGUCAUUAACCUUGACCAAAUUAAAAAAGAUUUUUCCAGAGGUCAAAGAUGAACAAGUGUUUACAAUCUCCACUCUUCAGGCAGCGAAAAGUGUCUCUUUCGGUUCGAUAGCUCCAGACUUUCAGUUUUUGUUUGAAAACGGAAUUAAAAGUCUGAUUCCAGCCAGCAUAAAAAAUAAACUACUAUCACAUUAUAGAUGGUUGAAAAUGGUUUUACAACGAAUUUGUUUUUCGCUAAAAGUGACCCAAUCAAUGGAAGCACAAGACGUUAAAGUAAACAAAGACACUAUAAGUAAACUAAGAGAUCAACUUAAGACAUUAAAGAACGAUGCUGAAGAAGUUUUGGAAUCUGCAAAACAUAUUGCCGAAAAACAAAUUGAUUUACUGCAUAAAGAAAUGGCUGAUCUGUUGAGAUCCAGGGCAGCUCGUGACAAAAUCUGUACAUGGGUAGCAAAAGACUGUCCUAAACAAGCGGAUUACAAAAAAGUAGCACAAGACGCAUCAGAAAUGAUUGCAGAUAGAAUUAUGCAAGUCAUUGACGCUUGGGAAAAUGAACACCACUUUGUACAAGGACUUCAGGACACAAUCAUACAGAAAUUUGAAGAAGAGUGUAAGCUGAUGGAUAAUCAAAUGCAAGAAGUUGCUGUUGUUUUGCGAAUUAGUGGGGAUGUCCAGUCUAGCGAUAUUCAAAACAGCAUCACUGCUAAGAUGUUAUCAAAAUCCAAAGAUAGAAACAUUUCAAAUUCUCUUGGAGGAUUAGGAUCAGCAGUAAGUUGUGCAGGAUUACUUAGUACCACAGAUAAGAGAGUCAAAGAACUUUUAAAGAAAUAUAGAAUAGACAAAGCACCAGAAAAUACGAUGAUGCACGCUUCAGUUCACUUUAUGGAAAGUAUAUUCAAUGGACAGAGACUUCGUGAAAGUCUGUCAAAAUUUCUUAAACGUUUUAUCAAAGGAAUAGAUUCUGUAGCAGAUAAAAUUCCAAAUUUUAUUAAAGCCGACCAUGAGCUUCUAUGGGAAAUGGAAUUAAAUUUAAAUGACACAAAAAGUGACAUAAACAAAGUUUAUCCAGCUUUAUGCAAACGUGCCAAUGACCUCCAAGGUCAGCUUGAUUUAUUCUACGUUACAAAAUGUAUGAAACAAGAUUAUUCCCAUGAUGCAAUUAGAUGGGACACAAACGAUAUUUUAGGAGUAGGCAGUUUUGCUAAUGUCUAUAAAGCAAGCAUAAAAGUUGGACAGGACAAUGUCAAUGUAGCUCUGAAGAUAACUAAUGAUCAAAACAGUGUUAAAGAUUCAACAGUCACGGAUAUCUUAAGAGAGGAAAAUACUCUGAGGAGUCUAAAGCAUGAAAAUAUCAUUCAGUUCUAUGGCUCUGUAUUACUGGAAACGGAGACAAAUGGCAUGAAAAAGUUGAAGUGGAUUAUGAUUCUAGAGUUUUGUUUUGAUACACUAAAAAAUAAACUUGUCGGUGGUCAAUUCAAAAAUCCGGGGCGUGCACCGGCAGACAUGCGAAACAACCAAAUUAAGACAAUGGCUUCCUAUGCAGUUCAACUGUGUGCAGGACUACAAUAUCUACACGACAAAAACUUAGUUCAUAGAGAUUUAAAGCUCGAAAAUGUGCUGGUUACAAGAAAGAACGAAGAAGAUAUUGUUAAAUUAACUGAUGUCGGAUUGACAAAAAGUGAAAAUUUCAUAUCUGGGACAUUUGCAGGAUCCCUUGCAUAUAUGGCACCAGAGAUAAUACUACGAACCGGGGUUUAUGAUAGAAAAGCAGAUAUCUAUAGCCUAGCAAUUAUCCUUUGGGAAAUCUGGUACGGCCAGGAUGCUGCAGAGCAUAUAGGAAAAAUUUUACGUGAUAAAAAUAUGAAUCUUGAAGAAGGUAUCAAAAGUGAUAAUCUGAGACCAUCAUUAGAAUUGGAAACCCCUCCAACUCUAGAAAUAAAAGAUGUCAUAGUAACAUGCUGGAAUGAUGAACCAAAAAAGCGACUUGAUGCUAGAGAUGUAGAACAUUUUUUCAAAACAUUUUUGUAAAAAUUUAUUGCAUUAUCGAUUUCUUUGUACCAAAGCAUUGGUUAUUACAAAACUGUUAUGUUUCUUUUACAAAGUGAGACGAAGACGGUUGAUGGUUGGUGAAAAUGAGAUAAAAUCCAAAGACAAAGUAGCAAAUAACAAUACAUCAAAGAAAAACUGGUUUUAUUGAUGAAAUAUCUUGGCUGUUAUAUUAUUGAUGUUCUUAAGAAUUUAUCUCUGACUAUAAACGACUUAAAUGAUACUCUCUCAUGCUCAUCAAUACCAUUACUGUUAAAAAUGUUUUUGAAGGUACACAUGCUCAGGUUAUCAAUAAACUAAAUAAUUAUGA